AUGUUUGUAUUUCCAGCAUUUGACUCAAAUUAUCAAUCAAGGAAAAGAACUUUUAAAUGUUGUGAAAAUUGUAGGAAUAAGAAAACCAAAUGUGAUAUAACUUCAGUUAAUUAUGAAACGAAGGGUUGUCAAAAUUGUAUAAAACAUGAUUUAACAUGUUCAUUAAUUAAACAAAAGCCGAAUAAACAGAGUAAGAAUACCAAAAAUACUCAAAAGCAACAACAGGUCAAUUAUGGCUUACUUCCAACUUUUGACACUCCAAUCGAUAUGACUACAAUAACAAACCAAUAUUUACAUGAUACAUUUGGCUUUAACAUUUCGUCCCAUAAUGAUUUAACAUUUCAUUUCGUAGCUCAUGAUGAUCCUAAAGUCAUUGUUUCAGAUCAAGAUAUUAAAAAUUACCAGGGUCAGGGUAUAUUAUUACAAAAUAAUAAAGAAAAGGAUAUAAAUUCUAUUAAAAAUUCUAAAGUCUACCACCUCAAGAAUGAAAACCAUUAUAAAUUUUUAUUAUCAAUUGAUGCAUUUACUUUAUCAAGUAGUGAAUUUCAAUUUCUGAAAAAUGAUGAAUUGGAAUUAAUCAAAUUAUACUUUAUAAAAAUUAAUUCAAUACUACCUAUAAUUCAUGAAAAAUUAUUCUGGGAUGACUAUUUUAAACAAGAAGCUAUUUCAAUGUAUAUAUAUGCCAUCGUUUUAGUUAUCAGUAGAGAUAAAUUAUCAAAACCAUUAUUGGAAAAAGUGUUCAAAACAAGUAAUGAUCAUCAAUAUUUUAAAAAAUUAAGUAUUCUAAUGGAAUCAUUAGAAUUCAAAAUACGACAAAUUUUAUUAAUAUCGGGUCAAUUAGGUGAUGAAGAUAAAUUAAUGAGAAUUGGGUUACAUUUAUUAUUAGGUUUACAUUUUAAUUUCGAUAAAUGGGGUAAUGAACAAAGUGUACAUGAUUUAAAUAAUGCAGUUGAUUUAAGUACCGGUAUUGGAAUACAUUUGAAAAGAUGUCCACAAAUUAAUGUUGAAUUAUAUAAUUAUACAUCAAAUCUAUGGUGGUGUUGCUAUAUACUUGAUAAGUUUUCAGGUUUAGUAAAUUGUCGACCUUUUUUUAUAAAAUCUGAAGAUUUUAAUGUUGAUUUACCUUAUGACGAUUUGAAUUUGCUCAAAAUGGUUCAAUUGGCAAGAAAUAUCGAAAAUGUGAUUAUAUUAUUAUUUCGUCCAUACUCUCAAAAUUCAAUUGAAUCUCAAAGUAUACGGUUUGACAUUGAUAAAUUUCAAAAUAUAGAGUUUGAAUUAUGUGAAAAGGAAAGAAGUAGUAAUCAAAAUCAACAAACACAAGUUUAUUCAAUGAAUGAAAUUGGUUCAAAUCAAUAUGUUUUUGAAAAUAUACAUUUUUUAUCAAGAAUAGUGAAUAAUGUACUUAUUAUGAAAUCACAAAAGAAAAAAUUUGAGAAUUCAAAUAUUCCCAAAUACAUACCUGAAAGUAUUGCAGUUAGAGCUGGUUCGAAUAUUUUAUUUUAUAUGAAUCAAAUUCCUGAUAAUUUUAUGUUGAAUAUUCCUUUAAUUCCAUUAUGUAUGUCAUUGUCAAUGGCAAUUGCAUUGAAACAAACCGCAAGAUUAUUGGUUGAUAACAAGGUCCAUACAUUUUCAGAAUCUGAAAUAUAUAGAGAUGAAUUAAAAUUUGAAGAUUAUAUUUUGAAAUUGGAACAAUUUGCUCCUUAUUGGUGGAUUGUAGAUGAGAUUUGUAAAGUUACAAGAGUAUUUUUGAAAAAUUUGGAAAAGAAAAAUAACAGAAAGAAGAGAAAAUUAAUGAAUCAAAAUCAAAAUCAAAAUCAAAGUAUGGUAGAUAAAAGAAGAAAGGAUAAUGAUAGUCAACAGUAUCGAAAUAUAACGAACCAAAAUAAUACUGUAAUUUUGGAGAAUCCACAACCUCAACAAAAUGCAAUGCAUGUUCAAUAUUUAAAUCUAGAUAAGACACGAAAUUCAAAUUUGGAUAGUUUGGAGAGUUAUGAACAAGUUCAACAACAACAACAACGACCUAUAAUUUUUUCUUCAAGUGUUGAAUCUUUUAGUGAUAAUCAACAACAAUUCGAUCAAUAUUUUGAAUCUAUGCAAAUGGAUAUGUUUAAUGAUGAAUUUUUCUUAGAUUUAAAGAAUGUAAUGGAUAGAUGA